AGUGCUGGGAUUACAGGUGUGCGCCACCACCGCCCCGGCAUUGAUCACUUUCUUAAUCACAUGGUAGAGCUCCUCAGAGAGGUCAGGAGCAAGGCCUCUGGACUUAAAGAUUCUCCAGAUUUUGUUACCAGUCACACAAUGGACCUGGGCCACACCAUGUGAUUCCAUCAGGAUCACACCUCUUUGGGAGGAAGUUAGGCCUUUCUUGGCUAGUUCAGCUUCAGCCGGGUGGGGAUGCUAAGGCUGUAGGGCAGAGCUAACUGGGACAAGCCCUUCCCUCAAGCAUGCAUGCAGAGGUCUGGCAGCAGAGAAGGAAGGGCUGUUUGUAGGGUUCUACCCAUGCAAUAGGCAUAUAGUUAUUACUGUGUAUUAUAUAGGUGUGUAUUACUGUGGUUUAUUGUGCAGUUCUAUAGUGACAUGACAUUCAAGACUUUUUCAUGUGCUUAUCUGCUAUACUGUAUCUUCCUAGUGAGGUGUUUUGUCCAUUUUUUAAAUGGGUUGGUUAUAUUCUUAUUGUUGAGUUUUAGUUAUUUUAAAAAUUCUGAAUAAUAGCCCUUUUUCUUUUGGUAAAUGCAUUUUCCCUGUUCUGGAUUUAUUUUCUUGACACUGUAUUACUAUUGUGUGACCUUUCAUGGGGAGAUAUAAACAAAUAUCUAUUCACUCCAGGUGUGGCACCAGCAAUAAACCAGAGACAUGAUUCCACCCAAGUCUAGCUUGGUGAGCCAGUGAGUUUAUUGAGGUUUCUCACAGGAGUGUGAGUGAGGAUUCACAUACAGAACAGGUGGACUGAUAUGUGGUUCGUCUGUACCAAGUUUUGUUUCUGCUUCACUCAUUGAUGGACACUUAGGUAGCUUCCACCUUUUGGCUGUAGUGGAUAAUGCUGCUAUGAACAUGGGUGUGCACAGAGCUCUUUGAGACCCUACUUUCAGUUCUUCUGGCUGUAGAUCUUGAUGGAGGAGCACGGAGUGACCCAAACUGAACACAUGGCUACCAUAGAAGCCCAUGCAGUGGCCCAGCAGGUGCAGCAGGUCCAUGUAGCCACAUACACGGAGCACAGCAUGCUGAGCGCAGAUGAAGACUCUCCUUCCUCCCCCGAGGACACUUCUUAUGAUGACUCGGACAUCCUCAACUCCACGGCAGCUGACGAGGUAACUGCCCAUCUGGCUGCUGCAGUGCUGGGGAUCAAACCCAGGGCCUCGCACAUACUAGGUCCUGUGGGAAUGGCUGCUGCCGCUGCCGUGGCAACGGGGAAGAAACGGAAACGUCCACAUGUGUUUGAGUCUAACCCGUCCAUCCGGAAGAGACAGCAGACACGUUUGCUUCGGAAGCUCAGAGCCACACUGGACGAGUACACUACCCGCGUGGGGCAGCAGGCCAUCGUCCUCUGCGUCUCUCCCUCCAAGCCCAACCCCGUCUUUAAGGUGUUCGGAGCAGCGCCUUUGGAGAACGUGGUGCGAAAGUACAAGAGCAUGAUCCUGGAAGACCUGGAGUCGGCUCUAGCAGAACACGCCCCUGCGCCACAGGAGGUUAAUUCAGAACUGCCACCUCUCACCAUCGACGGGAUUCCAGUCUCUGUGGACAAAAUGACCCAGGCUCAGCUUCGGGCCUUUAUCCCAGAGAUGCUCAAGUAUUCCACAGGUCGGGGGAAACCAGGCUGGGGGAAAGAGAGCUGCAAACCUAUCUGGUGGCCAGAAGAUAUCCCAUGGGCCAAUGUCCGCAGUGACGUCCGCACAGAAGAGCAAAAGCAGAGGGUUUCAUGGACCCAGGCAUUACGGACCAUAGUUAAAAAUUGUUACAAGCAACAUGGGCGGGAAGAUCUUUUAUAUGCUUUUGAAGAUCAGCAAACACAAACACAGGCCACCACCACACACAGUAUAGCCCACCUCGUACCAUCACAGACCGUAGUACAGACCUUCAGCAACCCUGAUGGCACCGUGUCGCUCAUCCAGGUUGGUACGGGGGCAACAGUAGCUACGCUGGCUGAUGCUUCAGAACUGCCUACCACAGUCACUGUUGCCCAAGUGAAUUAUUCUGCUGUGGCUGAUGGAGAGGUGGAACAAAAUUGGGCCACGCUACAGGGCGGCGAAAUGACCAUCCAGACAACGCAAGCGUCGGAGGCCACUCAGGCGGUGGCCUCACUGGCAGAGGCCGCAGUGGCAGCUUCUCAGGAGAUGCAGCAGGGAGCUACUGUCACCAUGGCCCUCAACAGUGAAGCUGCCGCCCAUGCUGUCGCCACACUGGCUGAAGCCACCUUACAAGGCGGUGGACAGAUAGUCCUGUCUGGGGAAACCGCAGCAGCCGUCGGAGCACUUACUGGAGUCCAAGAUGCUAAUGGCCCAGAUGAAGUGCGUGCAUGGACCAUCAGGAAAGCCAUGAAGGCUCCUCAGGCUGCAGGAAAGAUUCACACAGAGUUUGGAAAGGGAUUCAUUAUGGCGGAAGUAUUGAAAGACGAAGAUCUUAAAGAGGAAGGUUCUGGAAAUGCAGCCAUGGCUGCUGGGAAGUACAGACAACAAGGCAGAACUUACGUUGUGGAAGAUGGAGAUAUUAUCUUCUUCAAAUUUAACUCGCCUCAGCACCUGAAGAAGAAAUAAAGUUUAGCUCUUAACUUUAGCAUAUGUAUGGCUAUGGUUUUGCUUUUGACUUGGGAUAGUUGGUGGUUUUGUCUUGUUUUUAGCGAAAGUUUCUGAAAACUGAAGGUACAAGGUUGGCACGGGACUCUUGUAUAAAUUGUUACUUACAUUAAAAUAGCAGAAGCCGAGUUCUGGUUUACUUUUGAAAGGAGAGUUUGGAUUGGAGAGUUGACUCAGUAGUCGGGCAUGCCCACUGUCCUAACAAAGAACCCAUGUGUGUCAGUAAGUCCAGCUCCAAGGGACCUAACGCCCUCUUCUGGCUCGUGGGUACCUACACUCGUCAUUCACUUACACAGACACAUAAAUAAAAAUAAUAAAAGUAGUUUUUUUAACUAAAAAAAAGGGAAGGGCAGGGAGCUGACAGGAGUAGGUGGUGUAUUAGAUGUGAAGUCAAGGGUGGUGAGGGGGACUUCAGAGACUUGAACCUGAGCAACAGGAAGGAUAUAAUUGCCGUGUUGAGGUAAGGAGGAAAGGGGGCCUGGGCCUGGCUUGCUUCACCGUUUAUGCUCAGCAGAUAGCCAGCAGUUUUAUUUUAAUCAAGACAGGACAGGCUCCUAGGGCUGACAGCUCCUCUGGGGAGUUGGGAGUGGUUAAGCCGAAGAUCCUAGAGGCGAGGCCUGUCUUUCUGAGUUCCCUCUCACCUCCGUUCCCUGGAAAAUGCUGCCAUGAUUUACCAUGAAGCCUGCAAAGGCAGUGGUGAGCCCUGAAGGAUGGUCCUCUGCCUUCCUGGCCCUGUGGCCGGGUGCUAGUUGUCAGGGGUAUUCUGGUGCAUGGAAAGGCUACCAGAUCCAAAGCCCACACAUCUAGCUUAAUAAACUAGUCAUUGGGGGCGGGGGACGACAACAUGACAACCUGUCUGU